AUGGAGAAAAUCAACACCGGGGAUGGACAACUUUUCAUAAAGAAUGUUGCUAGCUACGUUCGUACCCACGAGAAGGCCCUCGCCAAUGCACUACAGCUCCGUCGUCAACCCACCAAAAAUGCCAUUCCCCAAUCACCCAGUGUUCCUUUGACCCCUGGUAGCUCUUUCGCCUCGACCUCGUCAACCCUAGCCGCGGCCUUUUCAUCCGCAGCAUUAAAAUUCAUGUCGCAGAACGCUAAAACCGCCAAACUGACAUUGACCCCUCACCACCUUUUCUACCUUCUCUCCCGUUUUGAAGAAUUGACCAUUGCCGUUGGCCCUAUGAACAUCAGGUUGGAGAAUAUUCACACCGAGGUUUCGCAAUCCUAUGUUUCAUUCCUGAACAAGCCCCCACAGUCCCGGGGUGAUCGGGCUUCCAUCCAUUCGGUGUCCAGUGUUCGUAGUGUGAUGUCUGGUAUGACCGACCUCUGGUCAUCUUUCCGCCUCGGAUCCAAGGAUACCCCAACCAAAUCGGACAGGGCCAAGGCCGCCUUGGAAGCGGACCUGAAAUACUUAUAUUCUGCCUUUACCAAGAUCCCGUGUCUUCGUCUUGCCCGGACCACCAACUUGAGCGCUUUAGAGAUUAUUGAUCUAGACUACCGUUCUUUCUAUGGUUGGGACAGAUUGUCUGAGCAACUACGCACCUUGACCAUCAAGAGAGCCCACUUGGAUGAUCCGGCCGAUCUUUUAACGAGAAUUGUGUUGGACGACAUUGAUAAACGCCGCCGACGGUCUGCUAAGUCGCAGCAGUCGCCUUCACUGGGAUGGACCAGUUCCAGCAGUCAGCCGCUUCACACUCCCGACCAGGCCAACUCCCUCUCAGCCCCUGGGUCUCCUAUUGCGGACACAGCAUUCGGAACCAGCACUAGCCCCAGAUCUGCCCCGAUGCUCCGAGGUGGCUCAGAAGGCGCCAAAAUUCGCGCCAGGGCCGGAAGUGUCUCUCCGACUCGGCCAGUGACGAAGCACGGCCACCGUCGAGGCCAGUCUCGGCAAAUUCGCCGCACGGGCUCCGCAAGCUCUGAAUCAAGCGAGACCUCCACCAGCCAUCGGAAUGGAAGCUCCACAAACCUUCUCGCAGACGUCCUCUCUCCUUCAAAAUGGCGAUUCCUGCGACACCUGGGCCUUCCGGAGAACUCCCUGACAUCUGUCUCUGCUACUAGCCUCGCCCCUGUAGCCAACAGUCUCAACUCGCUCGAUCUGUCCUCCAACCUCUUGACGGAGAUUCCCGACGGUGUGGCGUCACUGGUGGCAUUGAGAGCCCUCAACUUGUCGCAUUGCAUGAUUGAGUCGCUUCACUCACUCGCCCGGAAUCCUCUUCCCGCUAUCACCGUCCUCACCCUCCGCGGAAAUCGCCUUCGUUCGCUCGCAGGUAUCGAGCGGUUGCUCUCUUUAGAAAGAUUGGAUCUUCGUGACAACAACCUCACGGACCCGACGGAGAUUGCACGGCUGACCAGUCUUCCUGAAAUACGGGAGAUCUGGGUAUCUGGCAAUCCGUUCAUCAAGACCCACUCUGGAUAUCGAGUUGUGAUCAUGAACCUCUUCCGCCGAACGCCUGGUUAUUCCGAGGACAUCAUAAUUGACGGUAGAGGUCCGGGAUACACCGAGAGGAAGCAACUUGUUGAGCGAGUGGCAGAGCCUCAAGCUGCACCGGUUGUACGCUCCAGCCCGGCAGAUGAAUCAACGGUUGUGCAGAAGUCUACUAUCUCGAAAGUCCCCCAUGACCUUGCAAUUUCCAAGCCUCAAGAGGGUGAGGGAGAUUUGCACAUUAAUGGCACGCAGCUGAAGGAAAGUGACGGGGGAACCAACCGUCGCAAAAAGCUUCAACGACGCAGGAUAGUGGAUAUCUCGGUGGACAACCCAUUUACCACCGAUGGUUUAGACAACACCGGAAGCAAGCCUCUUCCGGCUCUUCCCGUUCAGCAAAUUCAACCGCCAGUUGACCAUCCGAUUGUUGUCCCUGUUGAUCAGCCGUGGAGGCUGGACAGCGCCGCGCAAUCUGGGUCAUCAAGCAUCCAAAGCCCCGAAAAACCUAUGCAUUCGCCGAGUCCUCCUCUCGUACAGGCGUUGCAGGGCAAGGACCGGACGAUGGAUGAAGAGUUCUGCCGCCAGCAGCUGGAAGUCCUUCGCCAGGACGUGGGCCAUAACUGGCUAACUGUCCUCGGCGAGAAUGACUGGGAUAACUCCCAUAAGGACUUCGCUCACAGCUCUGGUGCAGGCUUAGACCAUUCCGCUCAUAUUUCCACACCUCCAAUCACCCGCUCGAACACACAGGCGAUCCUGAGCGGACAUGCGAUUAGCGGAUAA